AUGAGCAAGCCCAAGGUCAUCUUGCUGGGCAAAAUUGAGCACGCCCACAACACCUGGAACUCUAUAGAAUCCAUUGCAGACGUCGUGAUCCCUAAAUCAACUGACCGGGCCGCCUUCCUCGCCGAAUGUGACACCGGCGCCUUCGAGGGUGUCUCAGUCGCCUACCGCACCUUCGACUCCUUCUCCAUUAGCGGCAAGGUGGACGCAGAGCUACUCUCGCACCUGCCCCCCUCGCUCAAGUUCAUCUGUCACAAUGGCGCGGGCUAUGACCAGGUCGACGUGCUUGCGUGCGCGGAGCGCGGCAUCCGCGUUUCCAACACGCCCUCGGCCGUCGACGACUCCACCGCCGACAUCGCCAUGUUCCUGCUACUCGGUGCGCUGCGAAACUUGAAUGUGCCGCUGCUGAGCAUGCGGAAGGGCGAGUGGAGGGGUAAAGCGGACUUACCCUCGCUGGGGCACGAUCCACAGGGAAAAGUGCUGGGGAUUCUGGGGAUGGGCGGGAUUGGUAGGAAUAUGGCGAAGAAGGCGAGAGCGUUUGGGAUGAAAAUUCGGUAUCAUAACCGCACGCGGCUGAGUGAGCAUUUGGAGCGGGAGUGCGAGGCGGAGUAUCGCGGGUUUGAGGAUCUGUUGAGGGAGAUUGAUGUGUUGAGUUUAAAUUUACCGCUGAAUCCCGCAACCAGACACACUAUCUCCACGGAACAAUUCGCCAUGAUGAAGCCCGGCGUCGUCAUCGUCAACACGGCCCGCGGCGCCGUGAUGGACGAGGCGGCGCUGGUAGCUGCGCUCGACUCGGGUCACGUCGCUUCUGCGGGACUCGAUGUGUACGAAGACGAACCCGUCGUGCACCCGGGCUUGCUGGCCAACCCGCGCGCUUUGUUGGUCCCCCACAUGGGCACCUGGACCGUCGAGACGCAAACCAAGAUGGAGGAGUGGACUAUUAGCAAUGUCAAGAUGGCCGUGCAGACGGGGGUGUUGCGAAGUAUUGUGCCGGAGCAGAAGGGAAUGCAGGAUUGA